ACAGUAGUGACGGCCGCGCGGGAGCGGUCACAUGACCGUAGCGGCAGCCUGUACAGUAAGAACCCAAUAUGGCAGCGGCGGUAGCAGUGGCAACGGCAGCAGGAGGACCGGCCGCCCUAUAGACCCCCCCGCGCACCACCCCCGCCGCUUCCUCUGCUUGGGUGCCCCCCCGGCCUGACUUCCCUUUUCUCCCACCUUUCCCGGCACCGCGGGAAAAGCAGCGCAGGGCAGAGCAGGCAGGGAGGGCGGCCGGAGCCCGGACACGGGAACCUCCCAGUCAGUUCAAGACCCGACAUGAGGGAAAAGGGACGUAGGAAGAAGGGCAGGACCUGGGCGGAGGCCGCCAAGACGGUCUUAGAAAAAUACCCCAAUACACCCAUGAGUCAUAAAGAAAUUCUUCAAGUUAUCCAGAGAGAAGGACUAAAAGAAAUCAGAAGUGGGACUUCUCCUCUUGCAUGCCUGAAUGCAAUGCUUCACACAAACUCCAGAGGUGAAGAGGGCAUCUUCUAUAAGGUUCCAGGUAGAAUGGGAGUAUAUACUUUGAAGAAAGAUGUGCCGGAUGGGGUCAAAGAGCUAUCAGAAGGUUCAGAAGAAAGCAGUGAUGGUCAGUCAGAUUCCCAGAGUUCUGAGAACAGCAGCAGCAGCAGUGAUGGUGGCAGCAACAAGGAGGGAAAAAAAAGCAGGUGGAAAAGGAAAGUAUCAUCGUCCUCCCCACAGUCAGGCUGCCCAUCACCCACCAUUCCAGCAGGUAAAGUCAUUUCUCCAUCACAGAAGCACAGCAAGAAGGCACUAAAGCAGGCUCUAAAGCAGCAACAGCAGAAGAAGCAGCAGCAGCAGUGCAAGCCAAGCAUAUCCAUCUCCUCCAACCAGCAUCUCUCUCUCAAGACUGUCAAAGCAGCCAGUGACUCUGUACCUGCCAAACCUGCAACAUGGGAGGGAAAGCAAUCUGAUGGACAGUCAAACAGCCCUCAGAACUCAAACUCCAGCUUUUCUUCUUCAGUUAAAGUGGAAAAUACUUUGCUAGGCUUGGGGAAGAAGUCAUUCCAAAGAUCUGAGAGACUCCAUACCAGACAAAUGAAAAGAACUAAAUGUGCCGACAUUGACGUUGAGACACCGGACUCCAUUCUGGUUAAUACAAAUCUGCGAGCACUGAUCAACAAGCACACAUUUUCAGUCCUUCCUGGAGAUUGCCAACAGCGACUGCUUCUACUACUCCCAGAGGUAGAUCGACAGGUUGGUCCAGAUGGUUUAAUGAAGUUAAAUGGCUCAGCCCUUAACAAUGAAUUCUUCACUUCAGCAGCCCAAGGCUGGAAGGAAAGACUCUCAGAAGGUGAGUUUACACCUGAGAUGCAGGUGAGAAUUCGACAAGAGAUUGAGAAGGAGAAAAAGGUGGAGCCAUGGAAAGAACAAUUCUUUGAAAGCUACUAUGGGCAGAGUUCUGGCCUGAGCCUUGAAGAUUCUAAGAAAUUGACAGCUUCUCCCAGCGAUCCCAAAGUAAAGAAAACCCUAGCUGAACAACCAAAAUCAAUGCCUGUGUCAGAGGCCUCUCUUAUCAGAAUAGUUCCAGUAGUCCCCCAGUCAGAGUGUAAAGAAGAAGCGUUGCAAAUGUCAUCACCAGGCAGAAGAGAAGAGUGUGAAAGCCAAGGUGAAGUGCAGCCGAACUUCUCCACAUCUACAGAGCCCCUGCUUUCCUCAGCUCUCAAUACACAUGAGUUUAGCAGCAUUCUUCCCAUCAAGUGCCCACAGGAUGAGGAUCUCUUGGAGCAGAAGCCAGUCGCCUUUGCUGAACAGGAAUCUGGGAAGAAUCAUCUCACCACAGCUUGUAAUUAUAACAAAAGUGAAAGCCAAGAAUCUUUAGUUACAUCGCCAAGCAAACCCAAGAGUCCUGGGGUUGAAAAACCAAUAACGAAGCCCACAGCAGAAGCAGGUCCACAAGAGACCACUGUGAAAGAACCUCUAACAACUCUUGUUGAUCAGAACCCAGAAAGCCUCAAGAGGAAGUCUUCCCUUACCCAAGAAGAGGCCCCUGUGAGCUGGGAGAAGAGGCCACGUGUCACUGAGAAUCGCCAGCACCAGCAGCCAUUUCAGGUCUCACCACAGCCCUUUCUCAGUAGAGGGGACAGAGUCCAGGUGCGAAAAGUACCACCUCUCAAGAUCCCGGUCUCCAGAAUCUCCCCCAUGCCGUUUCAUCCAUCGCAGGUCUCUCCCAGGGCUCGUUUUCCAGUCUCCAUCACUAGUCCUAACAGAACAGGAGCCAGAACUCUUGCAGACAUCAAAGCAAAAGCUCAACUGGUCAAAGCACAGAGGGCAGCAGCUGCCGCUGCCGCCGCAGCUGCUGCAGCCGCCUCAGUUGGAGGGACCAUUCCAGGACCUGGCCCAGGGGGUGGACAGGGUCCAGGAGAGGGUGGUGAAGGGCAGACUGCUAGAGGAGGCAGUCCAGGCUCAGACAGAGUCAGUGAAACUGGAAAGGGCCCCACACUGGAACUGGCAGGAACUGGAAGCAGGGGAGGUACGAGAGAGCUUUUACCCUGUGGUCCAGAGACUCAGCCCCAGUCUGAGACCAAGACCACCCCAGGCCAGGCACAGCCUCAUAGUGUCUCUGGAGCACAACUACAGCAAACCCCCCCAGUGCCUCCAACACCUGCCAUCAGUGGAGCAUGCACAAGUGUCCCAUCACCAGCCCACAUAGAGAAAUUGAAUAAUGAAAAACUGAACCCCACCAGGGCAACAGCCACAGUGGCCUCUCUCAGCCAUCCACAAGGGCCCAGUAGUUGCAGACAGGAGAAAGCACCUUCUCCAACAGGUCCUACUCUAAUUUCAGGUGCCUCACCUGUUCAUUUUGCAGCUGAUGGCACAGUUGAGCUCAAAGCAGGUCCUAGUAAGAAUAUACCUAACCCUUCAGCCUCAUCAAAGACAGAUGCUAGUGUGCCAGUGGCUGUAACUCCCUCCCCUUUAACAUCUUUAUUGACCGCAGCCACUUUAGAAAAGCUUCCUGUACCGCAGGUCAGUGCAACUACAGCACCUGCUGGAUCAGCUCCACCCUCGAGCACUUUGCCAGCAGCUUCUAGCCUUAAAACCCCAGGAACUUCUUUAAACAUGAAUGGACCCACUUUAAGACCAACCUCUAGUAUUCCUGCUAAUAAUCCUUUAGUGACUCAGCUGCUUCAAGGCAAAGAUGUUCCCAUGGAGCAAAUUCUGCCUAAACCUCUCACCAAAGUUGAAAUGAAAAUGGUUCCACUGACUACUCAAGAGGAAAGGGGGAUGGGAGUGCUCAUAGGUACCAACACAACAGAAAAUAGCACCAGAGAGGAAGUUAAUGAGAGACAGUCCCAUCCAGCUACACAGCAGCAGCUGGGCAAAACCUUGCAAAGUAAGCAGCUCCCCCAGGUUCCAAGGCCCCUUCAGCUCUUUUCAGCUAAGGAGCUGAGGGACUCCAGCGCUGACACACACCAAUACCAAGAAGGACUAAGUAAAGCAACCCAAGAUCAGAUCCUUCAGACUCUCAUUCAGAGGGUUCGGAGGCAGAAUCUUCUCUCAGUUGUGCCGCCCUCGCAGUUCAACUUCGCUCACUCAGGUUUCCAGCUGGAAGACAUCUCCACAAGCCAGAGGUUCAUGCUGGGUUUUGCUGGCAGAAGGACAUCCAAACCUGCAAUGGCAGGGCACUACUUACUGAAUAUUUCUACCUAUGGCCGGGGCUCAGAGAGCUUUAGGAGGACCCAUUCUGUAAACCCUGAAGACCGUUUUUGUCUAAGCAGCCCCACUGAAGCCUUGAAAAUGGGAUAUACAGACUGUAAAAAUGCAACAGGAGAGAGUAGCAGCAGCAAAGAAGAUGACACUGAUGAGGAAAGUACUGGUGAUGAGCAGGAAUCUGUCAUGGUGAAAGAGGAGCCCCAGGUUUCCCAGAGUGCUGGCAAGGGUGACACAAGUUCAGCACCCCACAGCAGGGAAACUGUAUCUACCAGUGAUUGCUUAGCUAGCAAGAAUGUGAAGCCUGAGAUACCAGUGAACGAGCAAACCACUUUAAGUAAGGAGAAUUACCUGUUCCCUAGAGGCCAGACAUUUGAUGAAAAGACCUUAGCCAGAGAUUUAAUUCAGGCAGCACAGAAGCAGAUGGCUCAUGCAGUGAGAGGUAAGACAAUCCGUAGCAGCCCCGAGCUUUUCAAUUCUACUGUUCUUCCUCUGCCUGCAGACAGCCCCACCCACCAGCCCCUACUCCUUCCACCCCUGCAAACCCCGAAGUUGUAUGGAAGCCCCACCCAGAUAGGGCCAAGCUACAGAGGCAUGAUCAAUGUCUCCACCUCAUCUGACAUGGACCAUAACUCUGCUAUACCAGGUAGCCAGGUAUCUAGCAAUGUAGGUGAUGUCAUGUCAUUUUCAGUGACUGUCACUACCAUCCCUGCUAGCCAAGCUAUGAAUCCCAGCAGCCAUGGCCAGACCAUUCCUGUUCAGGCCUUCCCUGAGGAGAACAGCAUAGAGGGCACGCCUUCAAAAUGUUACUGCCGCUUGAAAGCCAUGAUCAUGUGCAAAGGCUGUGGCGCUUUCUGCCAUGACGAUUGCAUUGGCCCCUCCAAACUGUGCGUCUCCUGCCUUGUUGUUCGGUAAUGAGACUAGAAAGAGAUACACUGUAAAGGAGGGGGAAGGGAAGGGUUGACCAGUUGGGUUUUUUGCAUCCUUUUGGAAUCACAGAAAUAAACAAGUAGGUUUCAGUUGUCUUCAGAGACAAAUGUUACUUAAUCAGGAAUACAAAGUACAGAUCUUUUACAUUUUAGAGGAAGAGCACCUUGUAUAGUAAGUCUAAGUCAAGCAAGACUUUGUGAAUUUGUGACAAGUUUGCACUUACAAAAUCAUGUAAAUAUGUCACAUUUUGUUUAACAUUUUCCCAAGUGUUUAGGUAAUAAUGUGUUACUUUGAAUUCAGAUUUAUGUUCUACUACUUGUGACUGAGAAAAGUUUAAUGCCAGCAUGGUAAAAGGAAGCUGUCUCCCUCUGACAUUUCCUAGGAAGCUAGGAAAAGGAAAGUGAAGGAAUGGUCUAAAGAAAUGGCCAUUCACACUGAUUUUGUCUGGACAGUCUGCCUGCAGCUUGUUCAUAGAUUAUUCAGCCUUUGCAGGACUUGGAUUCAAGGUUUUACUCAGUCCCUUUACCUUAGGUGGAAUCUUAAAUUGAAAUUUUUGGUAAGGAAUUCAUUUCACAGGUAGUGUUUCAGACUCAGAAAGCCCUGACUUGGUUCUUGGCUUCCAUGGUCUAGUACUGUUGCCAAGCAGUCUGCUUGGAAUUUGUGGAUCCCUGCUGUUCCCUGAUCCCACCCCCUGCCCUGAGACAGUGAAUGUAGUCCGUGAAGGGAGUGCCUCUCUGGGACCCCGUGUGUUGUUACAGGCUGUGCAGUGCAACAGUUCCAGCAAAAAUACCCUAUCCCCGCACUUAGUCAUUCGUGGUAACUAACAAUUUUGAACUACUAAUAUAAAAUGAACAGAAAAGUGUUAGUGAUUGGGUGAUUUGAGCUACAUCUUGUUGAGCAAGGGGAGUGAAACCAUAGAAACUGUUAAAUUGAACGUGAAGAACUUUGGAAAACAAUUUUGACACUAGAACAAGGUCACCUCUCUUUUCCUCUUCUCUCCCAACCUAUUAACCUAGUGCUUGAUAGUCAGCUGUUGUUGCAGGUAGAAAAGCUCACCAAUGCCACAUUUGUUCAUUCUGUUCAACCUGCUUUGAUCUCCCAGGCAUCUGAACAGGAUGAAAUCAUCUUAUAUCUUACUUUACGCACAUACACAAUACAAGACACUUUUCCUGUUUUAGAAAAUAUAGGCCUUGUUUGGAUUACUGCUGUCUGAGCACUAGAAAUUUCUAAUGCAAAGGGGCCUCAGUGAAUGGCUAAGGGAACAACUGGAAAAGAAGGAAAAUGAGCCCUAAAGUUUUUUUGGUUGUUUGUUUUAGUUUCUUUUUCUUUCUUGUUUCCUUUUUUGUUUUUAAAUCCUUCUCUAGUGACUGAAGAAUUUGUGAGUACAUAAUAUUUAGGUCAUGGUUAAGGAACAUUAAACCUGCAGUUUAACAGAAUUUUGUAUUAAAUGGGGGUGUGUCAGUUUGCAUCAUUUGCAUAUUGAUUUCAAGUCUCCUGAUUUGGAAUGUAUGAAGUACAAAUGUUAAUGCAACAUGGUACAGUUGUAUUUGUCCUUCAUAUUUAGGAUGUGAUAUUUAUAAAAUGCAGAACAGAUUAAACUUGUUAAGUCACGUUCCAGAUUAGGAGAAAAUAGGCAAUAAUAAUCUCUGUUUUGCCCCCAUUCUACUACCUACCCCUGCCCACCCCACCCCCACAUCACACACUCUUUAAUGCUUUCCCACAGCCCCUGCUCCGUCCCAUAAGAAACUCACUUCACUGUUUUUCACUUUUCACUUCUGGCUUUUUUGUGGCCCAAGGCCAGUAUAGGAUUAAUAUCUGUGUUCCACCUUCAGUCAGUACAAUAUGUCUGUCCAUCUUUCCCCCUUUCUUCCAGCACACACACACACAGCUAAGAGAUAAGAAGGCUGCAAGGAUUGGGGAUAAGGAGUAUAUCUUCAAGCCAAGAACCGGUAGAAAACAGAAAUAAUGGUUCUCCCAAACGUUCAGUACCUUGGGCAAUCCAAUAAGGGUUUAAAGAGAUCUGUUGCUGAGUAUAACUCUCCCUGCCCUACCCCAUCACUCUUCCUUAGUGCCAGGGCUGAGGGCUGGUCAGCGUGCUGGAAGAGGUUGAGAGUUUUGGAAUUGACUCCAUGCUAAAUGUCAGUUACCAAUUUGGAUUGAUGAAAGUGAUUUUUCUGCUUUACCCCUUUCCUGUCAGAAAGGUUUUCCUCUGUGCUUCCCUUAAUUUAAGGAUGAACAGACUAUAACUAGGAAAGGAGGAAAGGUAUCAGGGAUUUUUAAGUCUGUUUAGAGAGCAAACCAUAUUGUGCCUCUUCAUCUUGACCCCGGCUCUUCUAGAUAGGUCCUAAACAUUGCUGUUCACCAGAUUAUCUUAACAAAUAAUACUCAACUAAAUAUUUGCAUUUAGGAAUACUCCUAAAACAGAUAUUGCCAACUAGAUACACUGCCUCAAUCUUGACCAGACAAGAGAACAGUUAAAUUCUCUUAGUUGGGUAGUAACUUGAAUAUCAAUCUAUUUAUCAGUUUGUUUGAACACAGAAGUUUCAAGUGGAAAGCCAUUCAUCUUAAAAGCUGAACAGAAAAAUUUAAAAAAAAAACAAACACACAUUACAAUCUGGCCUUUUAGAAAAUGAACCAGUAGAAACAAAACCUUUAAAUUAGUAGUAUGGUACUCCAGCAGCACCUUUAAAGCAAUCUUUACCUUAGUUUUUGAGUCGUUUUACCUUUCAACCCGAUCUGAAAAGUUUUAAUAAAUGCUGAGCUUAUUCUUAGGGUAUGACCUGGCAUUAUUUCCAGUGACUAGUCAGGCAUUAUGCCUGAUGCAUACGCCUCCCGUGCACCCCUCUCCAGCCUUCAGAUGUCCUCCACUGCAGGUCACUCCAGGAGAUAGCAUUAAUAAUAUAGCCUCAGUCUUGUUUAUAAAGAUUCUAAGUUGUUUAGUAAAGAAGUCUCCCUGAAUCUUAAAUAAUUUUGAAGAAUUAGAAUUCUCCAUCCUAUUAAACAGAAAGUAAAGCCAAAUAGCCUGGAGUUGUUUGUCCUACUUCUGUUCCAUAACCCCUAUGCUCAAGAUACUGAAGCUCUCUGUGGUAUUUCGUGUAACAUUUCUAAGAAUAAGAGCUGACAAAUGGGAAACUUUUCUCGGGGUGGAGAGAGCAUACUUAUUGGGCUGUGAAGGCAUACAGAUGUACAUGUUUUAGAGCUUAUCUCAGAUUUAAAUAGCCAAAGGAAGACCUCAUUGCCUUCCAGGUGAAGGUGCAAAGUCAUACAUAUUAAUGACCUGACAGUUAACAUUCUGUUGCUUAUUAUUGCCUUUCUCCACCUUAGAGAGCCAUAAAUAACUCUCUGGUGAAGUGAUUUGCUGUAAUGGGGGUGAGGAGUUGCGGGGGGCUUCUCUGGUCAUUACACUGCUUUUUAUUUCUAGAACUCACUAUCAGUGAGCAGUGCCAGAGUGUUUUCUCUUUGACCUAGAGGUUUCACAUCAUAGCGAGGAGGGAAAAGUCUCCCCAUCUCAUUACAACAGUGUGCUACGUAAGUAACUUGGCCAAGGGUAGUUUUCAGCUAAAUUUAUAGAAUAGUCCAAAGAGACUUUGAGAAACAUGGUGAUAAGCAGGGGCCUUUCCUACCAUGUUUCGAUACCUACACACCUAUUGAAAGAGAACAGUAGGUAAAACAUUUCCUAAAGUUGAAGCAAUAGCUUCGUAGAUUCUUGGUUACUUUAUUUUUUUUAAUGCUUUACAUUUGAUACAACUAUUGAAGAUCAAUUUUAAAAAUAGCUUUCCAGUAAUAUAUUUUAAGUAAUAUAUAUUUUAAUAUCUGUAAAAAGUGACAGUGGAAGACUUUGAAUUUCUCAUAUAUGGUAUGUUUGAUGUAGGACCUCUCUGUUAAGGCACAAAUUAUUUCAAAGGAAGUUACUCUAAAGACACUCAGAUUAUUUCAGAAAAAUGCAAUAAGGGGAAUAGUUUUGGGGUUUAUUUUUUAUUUUAAAAGAAAAUUGACUUAUUUACCACAAGCUAUUUUUUUCCCUUCUGGCUAUAAGGUUUGUACAGACUGGUUUGGUAAAUGCUAAACUUUUGUGUCUUUUGCCUUUUUAAAGGAAUUGUUAACAUUGGAAUUGAGGGUAUGUACAGAGAAGUUGGUGUCAACACCAUUUAAAAAGUCAUAUUUUUUCACAAAUAUAGAAAAUCAUUUUACAUAAGAAUUUUAAGUAUUUGCAAUAAAUAUAUGUAUAUAGAUUGUAUGUAUUCCUAUAUUCUUAUUUUUCAUUUUAUUAUUAAGUAAAAGAUCAUUAAAAGUGAAAAUAAAAA